UUUAUAAAGACACGUUUAUUGUGUGAUGCUUAAUAGAUGUGUUCUUAUCAUUCAGCAGCUCAUCCUGUAAAAAAUGUAUUGUGGUUGGCAAUGGAGGAAUCCUUCGAAACAAGAACCUGGGUCAAAAAAUUGAUUCUUACGAUGUGGUAAUUAGAAUGAAUAAUGGGCCUGUUAUAGGUUAUGAAAAUGACGUUGGAAGGAGGACUACAUACCGACUUUUCUAUCCAGAGUCAAUUUUUUCAGAUCCACGUCACUAUGAUCCUAAAACUAUUGCAGUUUUUAUUGUCUUCAAACGCCAUGACUUAAAAUGGCUUUCAGACCUAUUAAGUGGCCACAAUAUAAUGGCAACUAAUGUCUUCUGGAAGAAACCAGCAAUGAAAAUGAUUUAUAAGCCUAACCAAAUCAGAAUCCUUGAUCCAUUUAUUAUUAAAAGGACAGCAUAUGAAUUGCUUCAUUUCCCCAGAAAAUUUCCUAGACGAGGAAGACCAAAACAUCCCACAACAGGGUUAAUUGCCAUUGCCUUUGCCUUUGAUAUAUGUACUGAAGUUCAUGUGGCUGGCUUCAAGUACAGCCUGCAGGAUCCGGGCAGUUCUUUGCACUAUUAUGGUAAUGACACCAUGUCUUUGAUGAUUAAGAAUGAAUACCAUGAUAUUGAUGCAGAGCAAAGACUUUUGAAGAACCUUAUAGAUCACCAAAUUGUGAUCAAUCUCACAGAAUAACCAAAUUAAGAAACAAUUAUUUUUUAAUAAAACUGAAUGGGGAAAUUAUUUUUUUAAUAAAGUAUUUAUAGAAAUUUGCCAUUUUUAAAAAAUAUAAAUGUAUCUCACAUAUCUUCUAAGAAUGUCUCUGCCUUACUAUUAGUGUUUUCCCAGAAAGUAACGAUCACAGUCAUUUACACAAACAUGUUAAUUUAAUAAUGGAAAAAUGUUGGCUGUAUUAGAUUAACAAAAAACUAUUAUUUCCUCUUAGUUUUAUGUUUACCAUUUCCCACAUGAUGGCACAUUGUAUCUACAUCUUGCAAUGUAGAUAAGUAGAGGUCAAGAUAAAAUGUUAUUAAGGCAACAAUAUAUAAUGUCCCUUCUGUUGAGUUUCAAUCUUGAGUAAAAAAAAGUGAAGUGCUAAAAAAAUUAAUACACUUGCUCUCCAUAAUGGGGUGUUGGAAACGCAUAUCAUUAAUUUCUAAAUCUUGUUUAAAAUGAGACUGCAAACUAUGACUUUUACAGUAAGAUGAUGUGUGUCUCGAUUAAAGCAACACAGUGAUAACUACUGGACAAUGCUAAA